CUUCGCGAGCGGGACGGUCGUCGCUUCGGAUUCGAAUUGGAAUCGGAAAUAGCGGUCUAGCGGAGAGCGGGCCUUUCUGCCUUUCUGUGUGCUUUUGAAAAAGUUUGUUUGAAAAAAGUGUAAAGAAAGCGGCGCCGCCGACGAGUGCGCGAGUGUGUGUGUGUGUGAGCCUCUGUGUUUUGUGUGUUUGCAAAUACAAAAGAAGCAGCCCCAAAGCAACAACAAAGUGUCGGCGGCUUUGGCGGUGGCAGCGCAGUAGCAGCGACGCGGCGGAGCAGUAGCAGCGCGGCGGCAGAGCGACGUCCAGUGCAUUUUGGUGCAAACUAAUUGUUGUUGUGAGAGCGAAUGUGUUUCAAUGAUGUUACUGCCUUCGGGGCGUUCGAAUAGUGAUGUCUAUCCGCUACAAAAUGCCGCCAACACAACAGCAACAUCGACCGGAGCAGGAGUAGCAGCCGGAGGAGCAGGGGGAGCCGGACCCGGAGGAGUACCAGCAGGAGGAGCCACUUCCAAGCCCAAGCCCUUGCUGCUGACAGGAACAUCAUCGCCUCAAUUGACAGCGCUGCCGACAACAAAUGGCUCCGUUGUCCACGCCACGCCCACCCGCUCCAACGGAUGUUCGCAGCCCCCAUCCACCUCCGCCUCCGCCCCCUCCGCCGGCAUGCCGGCGACACUGGCCACAACAAUGGCAGCCCCGUCUGCCGUCACCGGAGUGGAGUCGACGACCACGGAACUUGGAAUUGGCAAUGGCACUAGCUGCGGCAGCGGCCCCGUCAGCGGGAUCUAUGGGCCACUCCUGGGUCAAAGUCACGGGAGUGUCAUCGGCGGCGUGGCCGAAAAUUGGCCAGAAAUUGACGGGCACUUGGAGGCCAUACAGGAGAAGCUCAAGCCCGGUUGGAGCGUGCAUGUGGGCAAGGAGGGCAGGCUCUACUACUGCAAUCACAUGACGCAAUCCGCGGGCUGGCUGCCUGCCGUCGAGGAUUGGAGCAAGCAUGAAGAGCUCUCGUAUGGCUGGGAGCGUGCCAUAGACUCCAAGGGUCGGUCCUACUAUAUCAACCACCUCAACAAAACGACCACCUACGAGGCGCCCGAAUGCAUACGCUGGGAUGAGCAUCCUCCGGAGCCAAGACUUGUGCAACUCCAGAGGAAUGCCAGCUUGGGAUUCGGAUUCGUGGCCGGGAGUGAGCGCCCCGUGAUCGUGAGAUUCGUGACGGAGGGCGGUCCGAGUAUUGGGAAACUGCAGCCGGGCGAUCAGAUCCUGGCGGUCAACGGGGAGGAUGUCAAGGAUGCGCCACGGGACCAUGUCAUCCAGCUGGUUCGGGCCUGUGAGUCGCAGGUCAAUCUUCUCGUGUGCCAGCCCAUGGCGCACUGCGUCCUUCCGGGCCGCAAGUCCACACUCCUCUCCGCCGGAAAGCGAGCCAAGCUGCGAUCGCGUCCUAGUCGAGUUCGAUUCGCAGAGAGCGUCUGCGUCAACGGAGCCCCACUGUUUCCGCCCUCGGCCUUCUCCCUGGGCGACAUCUGUGUGCCCCCGAUGGCCAACGUGCUGAAGGUGUUCCUCGAGAACGGGCAGACCAAGUCCUUCAAGUACGACGCCACCACCACGGUGCAGGAUGUGGUCAGCUCGCUGCUGGACAAGCUCUGCCUCUGCUGCGGAGAGCUCUUCAGCCUGGUGCUGGAGCACGUGAAGAGCUUGAAGCGGAACAAGCUCACCCUCCUGGAUCCCCAGGAGUCGCUGGCCAGGAUUGCCGCUCGUCCUGGGGCGCACAAGCUGAGGUGCCUCUUCCGCAUCACCUUCGUUCCCAUUUCGGCCGCCGAGCUGGCGCAGCGGGAUCUGCACGCCCUGGACUACCUGUACUUGCAGUGCUGCAACGAUGUCAACCAGGAGAGAUUUGCCCCGGAGCUGCAGCCGGAACUGGCCCUCCGACUGGCCGCCCUCCACAUGCACCAGCACGCCCUGGCCAACAACUUUGCGCCCGCCAAGCUCACCGUCAAGCUGGUCGAACGCGAGUUCGGGCUGGAGCGCUUUGUCCCAGUCAGCCUGUUCGAGGGCAUGAAGCGGAAGGAACUGCGCCGGCUGAUUUCACACUUCCUGAAGCUCAACGCCGAGAUGACGGGCUCCUCCAGCAAGGUCCUCACACAGCUGCAGGCCAAACUCCAUUAUCUAGAUAUAAUCGCUAGCUUACCCAGCUAUGGAGCCAAAUGUUUCAGCACAAACCAAAGAGAGGGCGUCGAGCGCGUCCUGCUGGUGAGUCCGCGCUUCGGACUGAGCCAGAUAUCCAGUGCCCGCAAUUCGGUGCAGCCCCAACCUAUUUCCGCCAUCGAGGACUUCACCCACGUGGUGGUGAGCCGCGAGGACGACGUCACCUGCAGCGUAUCCAUAUUCAUGCUCGGGGAUCGAGCUGUGAAGUUCAUCAUGGAGGACCGAGACGGCUGCGAGUUCAGUCUUGUCCUUGGAGGCUACUAUCGACUGCUGACAGGUAACAACCUAAAUAUUCUGCGAGAACGGGAGCCCAACGACGAGGACAACUCGCCCGGCUUCCUCUCCCAACACACAGUGCUCCCCGCGGGAUGGAGCUACCUGCUCCCCUUCCACACGCGGGCGCACAGCGUCAACUUCCUUAUGGCGCCGCCCUACCACCCGCUGGUCCAGAGGCCGCAGCUCCAGCAGCAGACCUCCGCUCAGGCGCAACCCGCCUCGCUGCCCUACGCCAUGGAUCUGGACCUGCACAGCGUGAUGGCCACCGAGCUGCUGGAGGAGGCGGCCAAGGAUUCGGGGCUGAGCGACAGCAGUGGCAGCAACUACUGCGAGGGACGCAGUCACUCGGGCAGCCAUCAGCUGGAGGCCAAGAACGAGCAGGUGCUGCGGAGGGUGCAGGAGCUGCAGCACCUGGUUCAGACCUCCGAGCAGUAUCUGAGUGAGCAGGAGCAGGGAGGCGGAGGCGUUGGAGGAGGAGGAGGAGUGGCCAUGCUGGAGUUCGACUCGGAUUGCGAUAGUCUCAACAGCAGCAAGGUCUCCUCCACGGAGGAGUCGCAGGGCGGAGGGAUCUUGGGACCAGGAGUGACCAUACCACCAGGACAUCCCCUCAAGCACAGUGAUUCCCUGACGCUCCUGGCGGAGACCAUUAACCACGAGCUGAGUGGCAUAACCCAGGGAUUGAACGCCAUUCCAGAAACCGCACCCGUUUCCACAUCUGCUCCGGCCACUCCAGCCACUCCGAAGCGGAAACCCAGUCUGUGCAGCACCUCCAGUCCGCGACCGCAGAGGAAACUGAAUGGUUUCAGUCAGCUCCUGAGCGACCUGCAGGCCCUGGGCACCGAUUUCUCCCAGAGCGAGAGUGACUCGGAGUCGGUAGCCUCGCCUGCCCAGUCGCCCACGGCCAGGAGACCGCAGAUGAUGAUGCUCCAGGCGGCGGGAACGGGAGCAGGCUUGGGACCACCAGUCAAGCAGCAGCUCUCCCAGAGGAGCAGCUUCGGCCUGCACAGUCCCGACGGCACGCACUUCGGGGCGGAGACCAAGGACUACAACCUGCGGGAGUACCUGCAGCAGCUGAAGGAGAUCAGCAACGCGGCAGCGGCGGACACCGAUGUGGCUGCCCGCCAGCUGUCCGAGAUCUACGGCUUCGAGGUGAGGGAGGACACCUUCAUCGAGACCGACACGGACCUUAUAGAUCUACGUGCCAUUCCGCCACCCCAGACCCCCGAUGAGCUGGACUCGCUGUCCCUGAUGAACGCCGCCCCGCCCAAGGGCUUCGAGGGCAAGGCCGAGGAGCUGGACAGCUUCCUGCAGCAGAUAAUGGUGGCCCCGCCCACCCAGAAGGCCACGCCCGCCAAGGAGCUCACUCCCGAGGAGAUUAUGUCGUUUAUAAUACCACCACCCCCGAAUCUGGAGCAACAGCAGGUGACGGAGGCGCCACAGCCGGCGGAGGCGGAGUGCCUCUACAGCAACUCGGUGCAGGCCAAGAGGGAGUUCUUCCAGUCGGUGGCCAACGGCAACAGCGGUGCCCACUCACCGCAUGUCAUUGAGUACGCCACCGUGGAGCGGAAGAGCAAGUUCAGCUGCUGUCCCACCAGCAAGCGGGAGGAGCAGCCGGAGGAGGACGAGGUGCAACCACCUCCCAGGACGCCCACUUCCGAGCAGCUGUCCCCGCCGCCGGCGAGACCACCGAAGAGUGCCGAGUUACUGCAGCGCUACUCGCCCAAAAAGCAGGUGAGGAUUGCCCCCAGCCCGGUGAUGAUGCAGCCGCAGGAGAGCAGGAGGGAGCAGCUCUGUCCACCACAACUGCCGCCGAGGGGGAGCCCCACGCUGGACGGGAGUGUGCCUGGCAGUGCCGCAAACCUGGUGAGUGGUGGUCCCAAGAAACCCCCGCUGCCGCCCAUCGCCAGUCGCCCGCGUCCCUCGAACGGGGUGAAUGCCUCCCCAAACCCCUCGUCACCUGGAAGUGCACAACCUGCCCACCACUACUCACCACCCAUACCGGCCACCGUCCGCCUGCCCCAUCUGAACCAAGCCAACGGGACGGGAACCAUGCCCCUGCUCCCCAAGAAACCGCAGCAGCUGCAUGGCGAGAAGUUGUUCCUCAAGAACGGCCACCUGAUUGACGGCGAGGCGCUGCUGGCCAAGACGGAUGUGGCCAUGGCCGGGCUCCUAAUCAAGUUGGACCAGGUGGCCGCCCAGUGCUCGGUGGCCCAGGCGGCCGGGGGAGGCACCUCCAUCGACGAGGAGAAGUUCCAGCGUGCCCGCAACGAGCUGACCGAGCAGACCCUGGCCUUGGUGACAGCCAGCAAGUUCCUGGUGGCCUCCAUGUCGGACAUGACGUUGAUUACCCUGCCGGAACACCUCACCUCCUGCCUGACGGCCAUCAGGAGGAUCACCGAGCUGGCCCAGGACAUGACCAGGCACACCUCGGCCCCCCUGCAGACGCGGAACAUAGUGCUCAAAGUACACGAUGUGGCGAGCAGCUUCAGGGAGCUGGUGGGCGUUGAGAUCGGACCCAUUGGGGCGGGGCAGCUGGCCUUGCAGGCCGAGUGCCUGGCCAAUGUGCUGGCCACCCUGCUGCGGUCCCUGCGCGUCUUCUCCCCAUAACCCAGAGGGAUCGCAGGAGGCGCCAACGGAGAGGCUGUCGAGGCAAUCGAGGCACCCGCAGACAGAACCGAAAGUGACUCCAUACCGCUCGCUCGUCUGUCCAUGUGUAAAUCCCCCUGCACCACCUACGUCUAGAUGGAUCCCAACAUAUAUUUAUAUAUCCAAAAAUACAUCUUUCGAACUAAUUUACAGGUAAGGGGCCGCGUCAGAGAGUCGAUGGUCUGAUGGCUCCUUAGGCCUAGCCACGCUUAAUCCUCACGUGCGACUAGUGUCGAACCGGAAUGCGGAAGCUCAAACGAGGGGUUCGGUGGGGCUGUGGUGGGUGUGUUCAGGGAUCUAGGGGUAUAGUUUAUAGGACAAGACACAUAUCGCAGAAGUUUUCACGGGACUAAGACCUUUGUGCUACAUAUCUUAAAAUGCAUGUUCCUGGCCUAUUCAAAACCACUUUCGAAGAGUACAGCAUAUCAAUUUGUAUCCUUUAAAUCAAUGCUUUACGAUUCUUCUGAUUAAUCUAUAUUCGAAGUUGAAGGGUUUCCCAUUUUAUUUAAUAAAUAAUUGCAGAUCAUAGCUUGGCUUAGCUCAAUAUUAUCCCAAGUACCAUAUCGAAAAGUUUAUAUUUCUAUCCCUUGAACACACGCCGCCACACUGCCAGGAACUCUAUACAAAAUAUUUCUUAAAUAUAAAAAACGAUUAAAUAUUCUAAAAUAAAACAAAAAACUCUCUCAACUUACGCAUGCAACUAACUCGAAUUUCUAUGUAAUCUCCUGAAAAUCAACUAUUUUUAACUACAUUUACACAUAUAUUACUCUCGAACCCCAGUACUGCUCUGAGUACCCAACCCCAACCCAUCCCUCACCCGAAAAACAGGAAACCAAUUUAGUGGAACACCAUGACUUGAUUAUCUAGACCAAUUUAUAUGAGAACUAACGUGAAUAUGUUUAUUAAAUUAUGCUAUUAGUAUAUUUUCUUAUGUACAUAAUUUACACACAUACCUAAUACCAUAAAUAUACAAGUAUUAUACAUAAAUAUUAUAAUAAAAUUGACCAAACAAUAAUCAAAAUUUUAACUUGUGAUAUAAAAAAGGAAAAAGUAAAAGCAAAAAAAUGAGUUAUUGAAGAUAAACUUUUACAUUUUCUUUGUUUAACAAAUGUUUUAACAGGAUUAUUUGUUGGAGAGCGAUCAACUUUUUUGUUAUUGUUUACGUGUCAUACCUUUUGUUGUAGUUGUUGGCGAAGUACAAGAAUGCGCACUAAGUUGUAGCUUUAACUAAUUAUACAUAUUAUGAAUACAAUACGAUUAAACAUUAAUCAGCGGGGGCAGAAUCUCGAGAAUAUCCGUUUCAAAUAUAACUAAUCGAUACUUGUUUUCAGUUUGUUUGGAGAUUUCCGUUGAAGCAGGCACUCACAUAUGCAUAGUAACAUAACCACAUGAUAUAUACGUGCAAGAGUUAUACAAGUAUGAACUAAAGUAAUAAUACGCAUUAAGUAAACAUAAUCAAAUGUACAAUGUAAAACAAUGUAACUGUUUAUGACUUAACGAGAACAAAUUCGCAAUGCAUAUGAAAUUGUAUGGGAUAAAUUCAAUAAAUAAACCAAAGUAAAAUAAA